AUGAAUACAUCGAACACACAAUACAAAAUUAAUCAUAGACUCAUCGACGUAUUUAAAUCUGGUAAAAUAUUCAAUCAAACAAUUGGGUUUUUUCUUCAUGAUGACGAUUUUUCAUCACCUGGGCUCUUUUUCGAAAUUGUAAUAACAAUCACUCAAAAAUAUGAUAAAUCAACUUUUUCCGAUAUUGAUAGAAAUGAUAAAAUCUUACUUCCGGAAAAUCCUAAUUUGAUAUUAUAUCUUCAAGGUGGUCCUGGAUUUGGAUGUUCUAUCCCAACUGAAUACUCGGGAAUGACCAAAAUCUUGUUGGAUGAAGGCUAUCAAAUUGUAUGGAUGGAUCAAAGAGGAACAGGAUUGAGUGAAGCAUUUGAAUAUAGUACUUUUGAAAAUUAUGAAAUUUCUAGUAUUGGUGAACAAUUUAAUCAUUUAUUAAAAUAUCGAGCGGAUUACAUAGUUCAAGAUGCUGAGAGAAUACGGCAAUACUUAAUUGGAGAUAAUAAAUGGACAUUAUUAGGACAAUCAUUUGGUGGAUUUUGUUGUUUUUCAUAUUUAUCUAAAUUUUCUAAUUCAAUUAAGCAAGUUUUAGUAACUGGUGGAAUACCUCCAAUAGGAUUUAGUGUUGAUGAAGUAUAUACUCAAACUUAUAAAAGAACAAAAGAAAGAAACCUUCAUUAUUAUGAAAAAUACCCUAUAGACGUUAAAAGAGUUGUUGAAAUUUGUUCAUAUUUGAAAGAGAAUAAAGUUUUAACUCCAAAUGGUGGAAAUUUAACAGUUGAAAGAUUUCAACAAUUAGGAUUAAAUUUUGGCGGAUUUGGAGGAACUGAUAAGAUUCACUCAAUUGUUACAAAAUUUUAUUUGGAAGUUAAACAAAAAGCUAAACCAUCUUAUGCAACAUUAUCAUUAAUUCAAGAAUCUUUAUCGUUUGAUACAAAUGUAUUAUAUGCAUUACUUCAAGAAGCUAUUUAUUGUGAAAAUGGAAUGAGUUCACAAUGGAGUGCAGAUAGAUUAAGAUACGCAAAAGGGAAUGAAAAAUUCAUAUACAAUAAAGAACAAAUAUUUUUCACUGGUGAAAUGGUUUAUAAAAGUAUGUUUGAUGAUUAUUCAGAGUUAAGAAAAUUUAAAGAAUUAGCAUAUGAAUUACAUGAAUAUAAAAAUUGGACUAAUCUAUAUGAUAUUAAGAAAUUAAAAUCAAUUACUUUUGGUGAAAUACCAAUAGUAGCUGCAACUUAUUACUCAGAUCAAUAUGUUGAUUUUAGUUUAACUCAACAAGUUAAAGAAAAAUAUAUAGCUCCUGGUAAUUUAAGACAAUUUAUAACUAAUGAAUUGUUUCAUGGGGGAUUAAGAACAGAUCCUGAUAAAGUUUUGGGAUCUUUAUUUAAAUUAUUAGAUGGUGAUAUAGACUAA